GGCGGGCCCGGCCGCGCUGGGUGCAGCAUGGCAGGGGAGCCGCGCAGCCCGCCGGUGAAGGUGCUGGCCGCCCAGCUGAGGCAGUGCCGGCGGGCCGCGGGUGGGCCCUGGCUGCUGGCACGGGAGGAGGCCGGGCGGGGCCCGCUGGCGGUGCCGGUGGUGUGGAUGCAGGGCACGGUGCUGGCGGUGGAGGCUGGGGGCGCCCGGGGCGGCUCGGCCCGGCUGCAGGACGAGAGCGGCCCCUUCACGGUGCUGGGGGUGGAGCGGGUCCCCAAAGGGCGGCCAUGCCUCAGCGCAGGAAAGUAUGUAAUGGUGAUGGGCUUGGUACACUCCUGCAGUCCAGAGCCUAUUCUUCAAGCUGUGAAGAUGACAGAUCUUUCUGAUAAUCCUAUACACAGGAGCAUGUGGAGCUUUGAAGUGGAGGAUUUGCACAGAAACAUUUCUUAGAUGCCGUAUAUUUUUGUCAGCAGCCUAAGGGACCUGGAAACAUAAAUGUUUGCUUUUACGCCACAUAGACCUCAGCUCAAAGCAUUAGACUGUCAAGAAUAGUUAUAGCCUCAUCUAGAGAAUACUUUGAUAGUCAAAUAUCUUAGUCCACUAACUAACAGUUUUAAGAGUUAUGGACAGGAGACCAAAUUUACCAUUGGAGAAAAUGGGUACAGCUCUAUUGACUUCAGUGAAUUUGACUGAGAUUCAAGAUUUAGAGAUCUUUAUGCUCCUGAUAAUCAUAGGGAGAUGGUUCAUUCCCUGCACCAAUAAUGUUUUAUGCCAACAGCAUGAACUGCAUUAACUUUUCAAAUAAUAGUGGGUAUUUCAAUACUAGCUCCAUUAUUAUAGCUGUCAUCUGUUAGAAUGUAGGGUUAGGCAGUCAUCGUACUAUAUUCCGUCCUCCAUUUUGCAUAAUACUCUUGCUCCCAAUGUGAAUUCUAUACCUGGAAUGAGGGCAGAAUAUGGUACAUAUUGUUGAGACUGUGUUUAUGGUAAGGAAAUGGUACCUUGGCUCCAUGUUUUUUCUUUCAAUAACAUUCAUAUCCAGUUUGCUUUGUUUACAAGACAUAUGUCCUUUCUAACUGUAACUAUAGUUUGGUGCCUAAAACUCUGCAGGUACAGCAUUCAUCCCUACAAUAUUAAGAGUAGCCUGGUAACAAAACCUAUACUUCCAGUAAACUAAACAGAGAUUUGACACAGACUCACAGGGAGAAGAUAUAUCUAGGUCCAAAAAGUAAGUACUCUCACCACAUCACACAGUAAGAUUACCUCAGCCUAAUUAUGCAUCUUUAUAUUAAGUUUUCUCUGCCUGGAAAGACAGUGUUUUCCAAUAUACACUCUCUUUAAAGUUACUGUUAAAUGUAUGUAGUUUUUACCUUUGUUACUUCCUUUUCCUGUAAAGGACAAGUGUAUGAUACUGCUCUUUUGCCCCCAAAAUAAUGUAUUUGGUCAAGUUUCAAUGAUAAUUCGUGCAUCCUAAAUAAAUACUACAUUAUCCAUAAA